GUAUCUGCGCAUGCGCCAGUGGCACCCUUGGGGAGGUGUUAUUUAACUGCCAAAACUCAGCAUCACACAGCUAUAUUUCUCAUUAAGAUCAGACGUUUCUCCGGUGACAUGUUUGGGUGCGUGGUGGUAGGCAUCGGCAUCGCGGGCCGGGUCCGGAUCCGAGACCUUCUCACGCCUCUGCAAUCCAGCGCUGCAGAAAUCUUCACUCUUCAGGGCUUCGUGUCUCGGAGGACGCUGGAGGAUCAGCAGGGAGUCAAACAGAUCCCCUUAGAGGAGGCGCUGAGCCGCAGCGACAUUCAGGUGGCUUUCUUGUGCACAGAAAACACCAGCCACGAAGAAUACAUCAACCGGUUUCUUGAAGCAGGGAAACACGUGUGCGUGGAGUAUCCCAUGACCCUCAGCUACAACGCCGCGGUUGAACUCUGGGACCGGGCGCAACAAAAGGGUUUGGUCCUGCAUGAGGAACACAUCGGGCUCCUCACGCCUGAUUUCAAGCAGCUGAAGAAAGACGUAGCCGGGAAACAGCUGGAAGAAGGAAGCCUGCAUUUCACAGGAGGUCCGCUCAAGCCCGGAUUCGGGUUCCUGUCGUUCAGCGGCAUCGCUCGCCUCACCUGGCUGGUGGAGCUUUUCGGCGAGCUCGACGUUAAAGCAGCGUCGAUGGUCGAGGACCCUGAGAGGAAGCACCAGAAAAUGACGGUCCACUUGUUAACCAAGGAUCAGAAACCCUUAACCUGGACGGAGGAGCGCGCCGAUGGCCUGAGCCGCGCCAAACGCAUCCACCUGCGCUUCAGCACGUGCACCAUGACCGAGCUGCCGGCUGGAGUCCAGGAGCCUGUGGGCCUCUUCAUGCAGGACAUGGUGAUGUUCGGGAACAAGCUGCAGGGCUCCGUGCCACCCGAACAACUCCAGGCCGAGCGGCGUCGAAUCCUUCACUGCUUCAAGCUGGCGGAGGACAUCAGGCGACUCUGUCAGGACGCGACGGCCUGAAUUAACUUGCAAGAGAAGGAGACUUGAACGUGUAAACUUUUUUGCAGAGAUAGAUAUAUAUAUAUAUAUAUAUAUAUAUAUAUAUACACACACACACAUACACACAGUGGUGCUUGAAAGUU